AUGGCAUCAGCACCGCAUUUGAUACUAUCCGACGACACUGACGAUCUCAUCCGGGCUCCAGACGCCGCAAAUGCUGCAUUGCCGUUUGCCCCGAAGCUCGACAACGCGGAUGGCGCCGUCGAGGACGGCGACAUUCACGCCGCAAUCAACUCGUUUCUCGCUAUUCCCAACAGCUUCUGGGACUCAUCUCUUCCUCCUUUUCUGGCGGCAGAACCUUCGUCAACCUAUGAAUGCGCGGAGGCCGCGAGAGACGCGCUCAGAGUAGCGGCGGACGAAAGUGGAGGCAAGCGGCGUAGCGACGCGGCUGCUAGCGGUCUAACGAAUGAUAACGCGGCUUGCAUUGGCGACGCGAAAGAUGCGAAUGCGACGACGACGAUGACGCAAAUUGCGGACGAUAUAAAGCGAGAAGCCGCGGAGCUGCUGCGACGGAACAACGCCAACUCCGAGUCGCUCAAGCGUCGCGCGCUCGAGCGGCCUCCGCCUUGCGGCGGCGGCAACGCGAAGAAGCAGAAGCAGCAGCAGAAGCAGCGCCACAAGGCGCAGCAGAAUGCCAAGAUCCUGUCGGCGCUGCUGACGGCGCUCGCGUCGCUCGACCAGUGCUCCUCCGAGGACUCCGCGGACGACGAUUCCGCGCCCAACACGCCGUCCCCCAAACGGCGGAAGGCGUCAGGCGGAAAGGCCGCCUUGGCGGCCACCGCUGACGCGCACGGCGGGAGUGGCAAUGCGACGGAGGCCCCUCCGGGGACAGAGGGGUGGCCGUCGUCGUCCGAGGCACCGCGUGUGAGUGCGCAGUCGGCGCGGAACGACAGUGCGGACGAGGCCAGCGCAGCAGCACACGGCAAGUUCUCCGCGGCGACGGGACGCGGAGCGAGGAGCAAGGUAGCAUCGCUGCCGGGGCUCACCUGGCAAGGAGAAAAGCAAGCUCCCGUUCGGGUCUUGCCGCAAGGCUUGGCGCAAGGGGCGACGCGCGCGGAGGAAGCACAGGACGCAUGGAGCGCCAAGGACGAGGUCCCAAAAACCCAAGGGAAUCCACAACGAGUUGGCACGGGCAGGAGCCUUCUGGACGCGUUUCUUGCGGACCUGCCCGAGAUUGACGGGCAUCUGGACGCUGUUAUGACAUCGCUGUGCUCUGAGUCUGCUGCUACGACUGCCUGCACAGGAGGUGCUUCCAAGAAGAACAAUGCUGCUUGCACGGGUGUGGAUGGAACGGAAUCUCCUCUCUUGCAGUCAUUCUCGCAGCCUUCCUCUCACCUCUCUCCACCCAAGACUCCCAUGCUUAGCCACACGCCGGGGUUUACGCACGCGCAUGAGAAGCUUCAGCCUGUUAAUGAGACGGGCAAUAACGAGGAUGAAGGCUAUGAUGAGGACGACAGGCUGAGCACCAGCAGCAUUGACAGCGAGGAUGCUGCGGCUGCUGCAGCGGCAGCUACAGCUCUGGCCAUGGGGACGCGGACCAGAGUGGCAGAGGAGAAGAAUCUUGCGCCUGAACCGAAAGCAGGUGCUCCGUAUCCAGACAAUGUGGCUCGGAUGAAGCGUGGGGCAGGGCAGCGACCUCCUCCUCUGACGCUCCCUGGUGCUCUAGAACCUGUUUGUAACGGCUCUCCAUCGUCUCUCGGCAGUCCGUUUAACCAAAUAAAAGCGAGCACACCUGGUAACAGAGACUCGCCAUGUGCCAUGCCUCUUGGAAUUGGGACACCAUUCCUCUCUCCGAGGUAUGGUGCUGUGGGGGGGAAUGAUGUGGACGACUGGAUGCCGCGCAGCCGCGGGCGCAAGGACCGGCAGGUGGCGGGCGGGCGCAUCAAGGCGCGGAGCAUGGCGGAGAGGCAGAGGCGGGAGAGGAUUAGCGAGGGGCUGCAGAAGCUGCGGAUGGUAGUGCGCGGCCAUGGGGACACAGCUACCAUGCUUGACAAUGCGGUCGCAUAUGUGCAGGCGCUGCAGAGGCGAGUGACAUCGCUAGAAACAAACAUGCUGCUGCACCAGGCAUCGUGCAAGAUGAAGGAAGAUGGGAGCCCAGAAUCGAGAGUUAAGUCGAUGUCAGCGCUCCCCACUAUUUCCAACAUCGCUCGUUCACCCGCGGUCUCGAAUGCUAUUCCCAAUGCCUCCGCUAUUCCCCCGUCCGCCGCGACUCUCCCAUCCGCUGGGACUCUCCCAUCCGCUGCGACUCCGCCACCCGCCGCGACUCCGUCACCCGCUGCGACUCCGCCACCCGCUGCGACUCCGCCACCCGCCGCGAAUCCACCGCCUAAGGCGACUCCUCCGGGAGCCACCGUGAUCGAUCUCACUCGCACGUCGUCGUCGCGUCUCGUCGCACGCGUGUCGCAUCUGCACACGAUGCUGCGACGAGCUGUCGCAUGGCAGUCGCAGCAUCAGCAGGUUCUGCUUCGGAAGCAAAGCCAGCAGGAUCCGACAGCAGCGGCAGAUGCGACAGCAGCAGCGGUUGCGGCGACAGAGUUAUGGAAGUCGCCAGGAGGUCGAGAGGCCGCAAGCACUCUGAGCAAGACGCUGCUGGACGUCUCCAGGACCCUGGACGUGGCACUCGCGACAGAGCAGCGGCUGGAGGGCAAGGAGGGCGACUUGAUCGAUGCAGUGAAGAUGGCCUGUCUCCUCAACUCUGCCCCAUCUCUUCGCCCCGCGGUCACCGUCCUGAUGCUCUCUGUCAAGGCAGCAACGGCUGCUGGGUGGUUCUCAGAAGACCAGCAAACAAGCUUCCGAGGUGCAGCAGAGGGUGUCGUUGGUGGUGGGAAGGGGAGUGCAAGCGUGGGUGGUGCCCUGCCGCUCGCCACUGACCUUCUGCUGGAGCUUGUUGUGAAGCGAUUCCUCCCUACACUGAAGUUAGUAGAAGUCUGCACAGCACUCACAGUACAACCAGGCUUCCAUGUUCUCACCCACGACUUCCUCGUCUCACACCAUCCCAAGCCGCAGCAGAAACUGCGUUUCUUCUCCAUCCGAGCCGACUUUGUCAACUCUGCUGCCACCCUCGUCUCGCCACCUCAAGCCAGCAUACUGCUGAACGCCAAGGAGGUGCCCAACAGAACAGCCAUCGACCAGGAUCGCUCCCCGCUGGUACCAUCUGACGUCAUCAAGCUUCUGAGGCUCGGUGUGAACAUCUUGAACCUCAUUGGCCGCCUCUCAGUGCCCUACAUUUUUGUGGUGGCUGUGAUGGCACCCACCCCUCUGCUCCCACCCUCCAUGCUCAAGCCCCACCCCUCUCAACUCAAGCCAACUCCUCCCCACCCCACUCAAUCGUCCCAUACUGCUCAAGCCACUGGAACCAGCGUCGCACCGGCAACCACCGCCAGCAGCCUUUCUACCCUCUCGUCCACAACCCCCUCUGGAGAACUCUCGAAUGGUUUGACAGCCGAGGGGCAGGGAAGCGGUGGGAGAGAGCAAAGAGAGCAGCACGGGCAACAGGCAGGGCAGGAGGAGGAGGAGGAGCAGGAGGAGUUGCUGGAGGGACCAGUUCGAGUGUCGCUCUUGUGUCCAAUCAGUUGGUCCCGCAUGAAAGUACCCGUGAGGGACCGGGCGUGCUCCCACCCUCAGUGCUGCGACUACAGCAGUGUGAUGGCAAUCAACGAGCGCAAGCCUAUGUGGAAAUGUCCCACGUGCGGUGCUGACAUCAGCGCCACGUCACUCUGUAUCGACAAUCGUAUGGUGCAGGUGCUAUCAGAGACAACAGGUAGCACCGACCACACCGAUGUGCUGCUCUUCCCAGAUGGUUCGAGAAGCUCCCACUCAACCUUUCCUCCUCUCCCACUCAAACUUACCUCCUCCCCUCCCCCCAACCAGGUGCUAUCAGAGACAGCAGGUAGCACCGACCACACCGAUGUGCUGCUCUUCCCAGAUGGUUCGAGAAGCUCCCACUCAACCUUUCCUCCUCUCCCACUCAAACUUACCUCCUCCCCUCCCCCCAACCAGGUGCUAUCAGAGACAACAGGUAGCACCGACCACACCGAUGUGCUGCUCUUCCCAAAUGGUUCCUGGCAGCUUCUACCCCAGGGAGCAGGCUUCUCGCCCUCCCCAGCCUCCCCUCCCUCCAAGCGACGCCGACUCGAUGCUGCUGUACCUAACACCCUGCUCCCAUUGCCCGCUGCUGCUGCACCUACUGCCUUGCUCCCAUCACCCGCUGCUGCUGCUACUGUGCCACCAGCUGCUGAUGCAACACCAACAUCUGCUGAUGCAGUGGCAACACGUGCAGCAGCAAGGGAAGUGGAGGGAUCAGCGUCUGGGGAGGACCAACGAGAAGGCAUUAUCGACCUGACAGAUGCUGCUGAUGAUGGCGUGGCUGGGGGUACCUGGGGGGUAGAGGGUGAUGUGAAGCCGUGGGUGGGUAUCGGACAGGGACCUGCUGCUGCUGUCUUUCAUGCUGCUUUCGCUGCUCCUAUUGCUGCUCCUAUUGCUGCUGCUGCUGUAUCUCCUGCUGCCCCUGCCCGUGGUUCAACCCAUGGCUGUGCACCUGGCAACCCAGUCGCCCCUUCCCCUUCACUUGCUCUGUCUGCUCCAUGCAACUCACAUGCGCCUCCUCGUGUGGCUGCCCAAACUGCCAUCCACUCACUGGCCAUUCCCGCACGCCCUGCUGCUGUCAUGCCGCCGGCUCCUGCUGCCACACCCCCGCCUCCUGCUGCAGUGCUCCCUGCUGUUUCCACAACACCCGCUGCUGUUGGUACCGCACCUGCCCAGUCUGCUGCCGCACCAGUUACCGGACCUGCAUCUACAUUGUCGCACCAGUUGUCAGCACGCCAUUUGUCGAUCAGAGGCAGUGCUGAGCUGGCAUCUCUGGGCAGGUCACUUGCUGCUGUGGCAGCCUCAGCACUUGGGGGUCACGUCAAAUGCACCCGCCACCAUUCGUUCCCCGACCUGGACGCGAACGAAACCAAGGGCUUUGCGCGCGCCCCCAUUUCCGGCAAUAUCUUGUGGGGGCAGUACAAGUACAAGCAUAUCGGUCGGGACGGGUCUCUGGUCAUGGUUCAUCCAAUCCGUGUCGCUGGCGGGACAAUAAUGCUGCUCCGCUGGGAUUUCCGCAUGCUGCGCUAG